AUGUCAAAAAUUAAACAUUCCAAACCAGAUACAGUAGUACUAUUGGAUUCACCAAUUGCUCAACAAGAAAAUACAACAGUCCCAGACAAACAAUUAACGCCACAUGUGUCAUUAUCAUCUUCAUUUACUCAAGUAAAACCACGUCCACUCACAACUUUACUCCAAAAUGGAAGUAGAGAAUCUUUAAAAGAAACUACAACGUAUUUCAAAGCUAUAAAAAAACAACACUUCAUCGAUUUACAAACGUCUUCAAGUCUAUUAAUAUGGAACAAACAACAAAACAAUCUCAUCCAAAAAAAUAAGACCGUUCCUGACUUGGACGCACUCUUGUUGGAAACUCUCAAGAAACCAUUAUCCUUGCCACAAGAACACAUGACACCUAAAAGUAACCCACAAACUCCAAGAAAAAGGCAAGUGUUCCCUUUGUGCCAACCAACAAAAAAGAGAACAUUCAACUCAAAAACGCAAUUAACUGACGUUUUUAAACCAUUGGCACCACCUUCGUGGAUUACAGAUGGCGAAGAACCAACAAGAGAGUUAUUAGCAAAUAACAUCGAGUUAUAUAGUGACAUCUAUUUCUUUUUGACCAACCCAAAGAGGUGGCGGAAGGAUGUGAUGUACAGAGAACUUCCUUAUUACGCCAGAAUACAGCAAAUUAAGGUAUUGGCAUGCACUUGGAAUGUAAAUCAAGGAGUGUAUACCCGAGACGAAGUUGAUCGAUGGACUGGAAAUUUGAAGGACGACCCCGACAUAGUAGUUGUUGGUAUGCAAGAGCUUGAAAUGAGUGUAGAUGCAAUCAUAACUGGUUCCAGAUAUAGUGAAAAGAGUGUGAUAUGGCAAGAAUUGUUACUUUCGUCGUUGAAUAGAGGUAAAGAGAACUAUAUAGAGUUAGGGUAUUACCAAUUAUGUGGGGUGUUGAUCUAUAUCUUCCAUAAAAAGGCAUUAACACAUGUGAUUCAGAAUGUUGGAUAUGGUGAUUGUCGAGUGGGUGCGAUGAGUGGUGCUUUAGCGAAUAAAGGAGGUGUAGCAUAUCGAAUGAGAAUCUAUGACAGUGACAUUUGCUUUGUUAUGGACGUUGUGAC